AUGUCUUUAAACCAGCCUGGCUUGAAGCUUUUGAAGACUUUAGAGAGAUAUGCGGCAGUGAUUAAGCAAGAGGAAUUGAUUUUGCCACCUUCUGAUUUUGAUACGAAAGUUUGUGAUAUUCUAACAACCAUUAAACAAAUAGAAGAAACGAUUAGUAUUUCUGAUAGCUUACUUAUCCAAGAAAUUGAAAAGAUCUUAGAUACAGUUCAUAAAACUUGUGCACAUGAUGAUAAACAUAAAGUUUCUCUAGGCGGUCAACCAAAAACAGUUCUAUUUACCCAUCAGGAUAAGAAGUUCAUUCUAGCCAAGAACAUUCCUCGCCCCCAGAUUGAUUUCAAAGAUCGUGAAAACAAGUACACUUUAACGGCUGUUUUAGGACCCGAUCCCGUUCUUACCCAGCAUAUGCCCUUAACUCCAGCCGAGGCCUACCAAUUAUAUACGGCAGCUACGCAAGCACCUAGUUUAACCCAUGCUGCAGUUAGUAUCAUUCGUAAACCCGAGCAGUUACAAGCCACUAACCAACUCUUAAUGCAAUGUCCUUUAGUAGCUAUUGAUAUCAAAAAACAUACUUUCCGUAGUUAUAAAGGGUUUAUUUGUUAUUUACAGAUAGCUACACCCCAGCAGAUUUAUUUAGUAGAUAUGAUUACUUUACGCGAUCAAGUAGGAACACUUACUUUUCUAAGUACGCCCAGUGUUGGUAAAGUCGUUUACCGUCUGCCUCCUAAGCGUUACUGGCUGGAAAAAGAAGGAUACCCAAUACUACGCGGAGCCGUGGAUUUACAAGUCUUCUCUGAAGCGGUCGUCCCGGGUCUAUCCCUAACCCAAAUGGGCCAGACGUACUUAGGCGAACACUUGCCCAAACAGUUCCACUUACUGGACUGGAGAUACCGACCGGCCACUCAAGAAAUGGUUAGCCAACUAGUCCAGGAUGUCCAAACUAUUCUACCCAUCUUUACCCAAUUGGCCAGUCAACUCGGUCUGGAGAGUUUCAGCCAUCUUUGCCAAACCAGCCAAGAGUACGUCCCACCAACUCCCUCAGUAACUUACUUCGCCCAAAAGUACUCAAUUCCAAUUAGUCCAGCUCUAACAGCCAUCUUUACUCUGCGGGAAUUCAUUGCGAAACAAGAAGACGAAAGUCCCGACUUUGUGCUAACCAAUCGCCAAAUGUGUCUCUUACUCAAACACUUACCUACUACUCCCCAAGAAGUCUUCACUAUCUUACCAAAAAUAAGUCCUUUAUUUAAAGCUAACCUUAACAACUUUCUUCGCGUCCUUCAUCCGGAUGACCGCCACCAAUCAUUUAGUAUGGCCAUGCUCAAGAAUACCACCAAUUAA